AUGGCGCCGGUCAAGUUCCUCUGCAGCUACGGCGGCCGGAUCCUCCCACCCCGUCACGGCGACACCAAGCUCCGAUACGCCGGCGGGACGACCAGGGUCCUCGCCGUCAACGACCUCGAUUCCGCCACCACCUCCUUCACCGACCUCAUGUCCAAGCUCGCCGACCUCUGCGGCGAGGCCGCCGUCGAGCUCCGAUGCCCGCUCCCGAGCGGCGAUCUCGAGACGCUCGUUUCAAUCAAGUCCGGCGAGGAGCUCGCCGCCGUCGUGGAGGAGUACGAUCGGUCCUCCCCUGGCUCCAAGAUUCGCGCGAUUCUCUCCCCGCCAAAGAACUCCAAGAAGCAGGGCGCCGCCGUCUCCCCUCCGCCGUCUGUGAUCAGCACCGACGAUUUCUCUCCCGUCGAGAAAUUCGAUCCUUCUCCCGCCGCAGCGUACUUCCUCCCGCCUUCGUUCGCCGUCGGGCACCCGGUGGCCUAUCUUCACAGCCGCGAUUCGUGCGGAUUUGGGUACCGGAAUUACUACCCGAAUUACGCGAAUCCGAAGGUGGUUUCGUAUGGGAAUCCCGUCUGUGAUUGCUUGAGCUGGCGCAAUUGA